UUUGUGUCCAAUCGUGCUGUAUCGAAUAGAUACCCGAUGCAGCUUUCUCUUCUUCUAGAUUGGCAUAUAAACUAAACUUUAACCAGUUGUUAUAUAUGACAGCUCGCUCUUCCUUACUGCACCUUAUUUAUUAUCAAAACAUAAAUAGGAGCGGUCAGACAAAAUGCGACCACGCAAAUUUAAACUACCAUGUAACAUUGAUAGUUUUACGCAUACUGACAAAAAAAUAGUGGUUGUGUCAGUAUUUGGAAAGUCACAAUAUCGAGCAAAAGGAUGCAAGACAGACAUGCUUAGUUCUGUACUUGAAGUGAAACUCUUGGAUGAGCCUAAAAUUGAUGAAGAUUCUUUGUGUGAGAUUGAAGGAUAUUACAAUACUAAAGAAAAGACAGUUUACUUGCAUUUGAGAGGAUUUUUGGAUACUCAUACAGUUUUAGCGGAGUAUGACAAAUUCACAGAGAAACAAGACUGCAAAGAUUUCCUCAGUGUAUGGGCACAUAUGAGAGAUAAAUAUGCUAGAGCCCUUCUAGUACUUUUUCAUAUAUCUCAUGUAAUUGUCCUUACUCAUCCCACAUAUAAUUUUGACUACAGCUAUAUGCAUUUAUUUAGAGCUAUGGAUAUAAUCAGACAAAAAGUUUCUCCUCAACUUUCUGAUGUACUAAGUUGCAUUCAUAAUCUACCCAAGGAUUGGAUUUCAAAUGUCAGACCUUGCUCACCUCGAGUUCUAUUUUAUUUUGAAAGCUGUCCUGUAGUAUUUCAGAAUCCAAACAGUGAUGUUAAUAUCAAAAAGUUGGAGCAUUCCCUUGAGGAUCAGAUUUAUCAUACAUUAAGGAAAAAUAGGAUUGUUACCAAUAUUAGCUCAAAUUCUUUGUUUGCGAUACCAGCUAAUCAAGAAUUUGUUUAUGUGCAUACUGGGAGUACAGAAUCAAGCGAUAUGUUGGGUUACAUGGCAAGAAAGUUAAUACAAAGUUGCAAAGUAAGUUCCGGUGGUUCAACAUCAAGAAGUCUUAUUAGUUUGGACUCAAACAUUACAACAGAUGAUGUUGAAGAAGAACCUCACUCCUUCAGAUUGUUUUUGCAACAACACAUCGAUUUGGCCUUUGCGAGAGGAUUUGAUGACAAUGUCGGACGACAUUCCGUGCCUGCUUCUUUCGAGAUACCGACCUUUAGCGUGUUUUGUCAAGUGGCGAACAAGGUCUUCGACUACUUCAUUCACAGCACCGAUAAAGAACUGUUGGCGCUUCAUAACUUGUUAGAUACCGAUGUAAAGUUCAGCAAAAGUAGAUGCAGCAAGGUACUUCCAAGAGCUUUGCAAACAUAUCAGGAGAACUUGCCACAACACUACACAAGAGCAUACCACGAAUCGAAGUUGGCACAUGCAAUGGCGGUUUUCGAGAUGCAUGCGCGCGGCCCGUUGUUCGAGGAAUUCAGUGAGAAACUACAGGCCGAGUGCGAUAAGCACUGGCGUGCUGGCCGGCAAAUGUGUGAAGUUCUCUCGCUCACUGGUCAUCCUUGCACGAACCCCAUCCACAGAGGCGGUAGCGAGGGUGCUGGAGGUGGUGAACAGGCAGAGCCCAGAGAUGAUGAUAAUGAAUUACCUGCUCGAGAACAUUGCAGUGGUGUCAGAUACGUAUGUGCCUGCAACUGUGGUCGAUAUCAAAGUUCGAGAGAGGACCCCUUUAGUCUGAAACAGGCCAAUUACGACUAUUUCCAAUUGCUGGCGAAACAGUGCGGUUGUACGCAAUUGGAGAGCAUACAAUUUCCUGUGUUUCAACCCAGCACUCAUAACUUUAGAGCAGCACAAUUAUUCUCUUCAACGAAACGUCACGAUUCCUUCAGUCGUACUGGAUCUUCUACACCUCAAGGACAUACGCAAGCUUGCAGUUUAGGAGGCGACAGCUUAAACGGUGAAAUUACAGAUUAUGGUAGUGGUGGCCAGUCGCCGGUAACGAGUGACCCGAUCGAAGAAGAUAUCCCUAGAUUAAGCAAUAAGACGAGUCUUACGCCUAGUGAUGCGCACAAAGUCGUCAUAGAAGUUACCGAUAGCGACGCCGAAAACUCGAAAGAAAAGUCGCUGGUCAGGCAACCAUCAACAACGGAAUACUUGCCGGGAAUGUUACACACCGAAUCACCGAUUGGCUUGUUACCGCAGUUCUCCAGCUGGUCAUUGGUAUGUCUCGGACCUAGUAGUCUUUAUUCUCAUAACUUAGGACUGCAACAUCAGACCGGUGUAUUACCAACAUCCGCAUUUCUACUACCGUGGGAUGUAACAGUGAGAUUAGAACAUCAAAAAGAACGAAGCUCUUUAUGGCCUACGAUUAAUGACCAUGGAGCUCAUGGCAGUUAUUGUCCACGAGGUAAAAACUUUCAGAAUGCAAAUCCUAUUCGUGGUCGGAAGUCGAAAGGUGGUAAGGAAUUCGUCGUUAAGAUAUUUGUCGGCGUGGAGUACGAAUGCCCACGUGGACACAGAUUUAUGGCUUCUGCACCCGACAAGGUGCUGAAGGCAACUGGAAGCGGGAUCGUGAAAGACAGUGGGAACAAAGUUACCUCUAGUACGGCAGACAUGCCGCUGUACUUUCCGUGCCCGUGCAGGUCAACUAAGCCAUUAAUUGCGCAAUUAAUGAGAAUCCAUGUUGUAACGCCUAAAGCACCUGUACACGUCACAUUGAAUCCCCGGGUACAACCUGGCCCACCACCUUGUCCAAUAUUCGUCACUGGAUGCGAAGAACCGAUUAAACUCUCGCAGAGUGCAUAUUGGAUCUUGAGAUUACCUUAUGUAUAUAUAGGUGAGAAAGGACCAUAUUUAGUACCCAAGGAACCAGUACCUACCUCUCAUGGACGUUUGUUAGCUGGAAUGUAUGGUAUCAGUGAAGUUGUGCCAGAGAAAAAAUAAGACGAUUAUUUAUUAUUUUCUAUUAAUCAUUAUUUUAUAAUUGAUUGUUAAAUUGCGUUGGUAUAUAUAAUGAUGAGGAACUUAAAAGAAUAAAGACGAGAACUUGUUGAAGAAAUUAUUAAAAA